CUCUUUUUGAGUUUUCCCGGAAAAUUUUCAUACCUCGUUCGGUUCAUUUACCAGAUAAGUCCAUCUCGUCUGCCUUGAAUUUAUCCUUUUCUGUUUCAUCAAGGUUUUAUCUUUUUAGCUGAAGUUAAGGAUUUUGGGAUUGUUUUGUUCCUCUCUGAAUUGGGAUUGGUUACUUCUUUGUUCAAGGAGUGACAAUUUCAUUGUUUGGAGGGGGUAUAAUUUUUUUUAUUCAUUUUCUGGGUGAUCUAUCAUUUGCAUUUACGGUGUUGUGCUAAGGGAAAAUCUAAUUAUCAUUUUCUGGGGAUCGUGUGGCUUUAGUUCAAGGGGUAGUGAUUUUUUCGUAAUUAGAUAAAGGGUUUAGGUUUUUUUAUUUUUUAUUUUUUUUGUUGAAAAUUAUUUGAGAAAUUGUUGGAUUUGCAAUGGGGAAGCAUAGAGUAAAGAACAAGAAGCAAACAGGAAAAGUAGUCGAUAGUAAUGUGAAGCAUAGCAAAGUCGGAGAUAGCAGUUCGAAAUCACAUAAUUCGGACAUGGCGAUUUUCGUUUCCAUGUCUCAAGAACUGAAGGAAGAAGGUAACAAACUGUUUCAGAGGAGGGAUCAUGAAGGAGCAAUGUUGAAAUUCGAAAAGGCCCUCAAUUUGCUUCCGAAGAAUCACGUUGAUGUAUGCCAUCUUCGGAGCAAUAUGGCUGCAUGUUAUAUGCAGAUGGGACUGAGCGAGUACCCCAGGGCAAUCCACCAAUGUAAUUUGGCUUUAGAGGUAAUGCCUAAGAAUAGCAAGGCCCUCCUGAAGAGGGCGAGGUGUUACGAGGCUUUGAAUCGGUUCGAAUUAGCUUUCAGAGAUGUUAUUACGGUUCUCAACGUGGAGCCAAAUAAUAUCAUGGCAAUAGAGAUUUCAGAAAGAGUACGAAAUGCACUCGAGAAAAAAGGGUUACGAGUGAAUGACACAGUGAUUGAAUUGCUUCCGGAGUACGUUGAACCUCCAAGUGCUUCACAAGGUUCAAAAGUUGUCAAAGAGAAAGCCAAGAAGAAGAUCAAUAAAGUUGAAGACAACAAUGCUGUGGACCAAGUUCAGGAGAAGAAGGUUGACAAAUGCACAGAUGAAAAGAAGGGUGAGGAUAAACUGGCUGUAGAGGAGGUAAUCAUCAAUAAAAUGGAGGAAGAACCAAAGAAGAUUGUGAAGUUUAUUUUCGGAGAAGAUAUAAGGUGCGCUCGGUUGCCACUUAAUUGCAGCCUUCUGCAAAUACGGGAAGUUAUUCAUGAUCGGUUUCCUAGCUCAAGAGCAGUUCUUAUCAAAUACAGAGAUGAAGAAGGCGAUUUAGUCACAAUCACCAGUGAUGAAGAACUGAGAUUGGCCGAAAUAUCGGCAGUAUCACGGGGUUCCCCGAGGCUGUACCUUGUAGAAGUCAAUUCUGAGCAGGAUCCAUUCUUUGAGAGAUUCAAGCUUGAGGAAGGUCACAAACUCGGCUUAAAACAAGGUAAGGCAGUUGAAAACGGGGAUGCCAAAAUAGUUAAGGAAGCAAGGAAAGACUCAUGUUGCAUAGAGGACUGGAUAAUCGACUUCGCCCACCUGUUCAAGAACUAUGUUGGCUUUGAUUCAGAUGCAUACUUGAAUCUUCAUGAACUCGGUAUGAAGGAAUAUUUGGAGGCCAUGGAGGACACAAUUACAAGUGAAGAAGCCCAGGACCUUUUCAGCAGGGCGGCUGAGAAAUUUCAAGAGUUGACAGCAUUGGCAUUGUUCAACUGGGGAAAUGUUCAUAUGUUCAGGGCAAGGAAGAGGGUGUACACCACGGAUGAUGGCUCGAGAGAAUCUGUACUCCAGCAGAUCAAAACUACCUAUGAUUGGGCACAAUUAGAAUAUACCAAAGCAGGAAAGAGGUACGAGGAAGCCCUGAGAACCAAACCCGAUUUCUAUGAAGCUCAUUUAGCUCUAGGGCAACAACAGUUUGAGCAGGCAAAACUUUCUUGGUAUUAUGCAAUUGGUAGCAAUGUUGAUCUCGAAACUUGGCCUUCCGAGAAAGUGCUGCAACUUUAUAACAAUGCUGAGGAAAAUAUGGAAAAAGGCAUGCUUCUGUGGGAGGAGUUACAAGUGCAAUGCCUGCGUGAGCUUACCGAACUGAAGAAGGAACAAAAACAGAUGCAGAAAAUCAGAUUGGAUGGUUUAUUCAAAGAUAUAUCAGCAGAUGAGGCUGCUGAGCAGGCUGUCAUCAUGAGUGCUCAAAUAAACCUUUUAUGGGGCACCAUACUUUACGAACGUUCGAUCAUGGAAUUCAAACUAAGGCUACCAGUCUGGCAAGAAUGUUUGGAAGUGGCUGUUGAGAAAUUCAAACAUGCCGGGGCUUCUCCUACGGAUAUAGCUGUUAUGGUAAAGAACCAUUGUUCAAAUAACAACGCAGUGGAAGGUUUAGGGUUUAAGAUUGAUGAGAUAAUACAGGCAUGGAAUGAGAUGUAUGAAGCUAAAAAAUGGCAAAGCAAGUUUUCAUCAUUCAGACUAGAGCCAUUACUUCGACGGCGAGUUUCAAAAAUUUAUCAUGCAUUGGAGUUUGCAUGAGUUGUAUGUUGUUUUGUGUGGGGUUUCCGGGAAAAUACGUGGAUGGAAGCGUGCAUAGAUGCUUAAUAUUACUUGAAGUGAGAUAUAUGGUCCUGAUUUUUUUAGAAAUAGGUUCAAAAUUAUCCAUAGAAGUUCGGGGACGACACGAAGCAGCAGCAGCAGCGGGGAUUUCAUAUUUGCUAGUCGGUUUCUGCUUUUGCCUUCAUCAGCUUCCUCCCUCGAAGAAGCAGAAAAUAUACAUAAACAGUGAGUCCAUUAUUUGUAAUAAUUUUAUAGAUUUGAUAUUUGAUUUAAACUGAUCAAUUCGUUAUUUGUCUUAGUUAUUUUUUAUUAAGAAAUUUAGAAGACAGAUGUUCUUGUAUUGGAUUGAUCCGAGUGUGUUUG